AUGAACUUACGAGAACCACUUUUACGUGGUAUCUACGGCUAUGGUCUCGAACGUCCUUCGGAUGUUCAACAACGUGCUCUGAGUCCGUGUAUUUCCGGUUAUGAUGUAAUUGUGCAAGCACAAUCAGGUACAGGCAAAACGAUAACCUCCAUCAUUGCAGUUUUACAACAACUCAACGUGGACUGCAAAGACUGUCAAGCAUUAAUUCUGGUACCAACGCGUGAACUGGCUCAAGGAAUCCAUAGAGUAGUUUUAACACUAGGUGAACAUAUAAAUGUGACAUGUCAUGCUUGUAUUGGUGGCAUGAAUCUUCGCGAGGAUAUGAAACAUCUCGAAGCAGGUGUCCAAGUUGUUGUUAGUACACCUGGUCGAACCUAUGAUAUGUUGAAAAGAUCAGCACUUCAUAGUGAAAAUAUCAAAAUGUUCGUAUUGGAUGAAGCUGAUGAGAUUUUAUCUCGUGGUUUCAAAGAGCAAAUUUAUGACCUAUUUACAAUGAUACCUCCAAAUGUUCAGGUCAUUCUUCUAUCAGUUACGAUGCCCUAUGAUUUACUCGAAAUCACAACUAAAUUUAUUAAUAACCCUGUGAAAAUUCUUAUCAAAAAAGAAGAACGAACACUUGAAGGUAUUCGUCAAUUUUAUGUGAAUGUCGAACGUGAGGAGCGAAAAUUAGAUACGGUAUAUGAAUUGUUCGAUACAUUAACGAUUAUACAAACUGUUAUCUUUUGUAAUACAUGCCGAAAGGUCGAUUGGUUAACUGAAAAACUACGUACGCGUAAUUCAAUUGUGUCUUCUCUGCAUAUUAAUAUGGAUGUAAAACAACGUAAUGAUGCCAUACAAGAAUUUCGAACCGGUUCUACUCGAAUCUUAGUAAGAACAGAUAUGCUUGGGGGUGAUAUUGAUAUUCCACAAGUUGGUCUUGUUAUCAAUUAUGAUCUACCGACUAAUCGUGAUAGCUAUAUCCACCGUAUUGGACGUAGUGGUGCAUUCGGUCGAAAAGGUAUGGCUAUCAAUUUCGUUACCAAUGAUGAACGACAACCAUUACGUGACAUUGAACAUUAUUAUAAUACACAAAUUGAAGAACUGCCCAUGAACAUUGCUGAUUUGAUUUAA